CCCAGAAAGCUGCUGGCUACUUAGCAAGUGCCCUUUUUGGCUUAUUUUAAACACAUGAUGUGCUAGAAUAAUGCAACUCUGCACCAAAGAAUAACUUGCAGUGAAGUAAUGAAUAUCAGAAUGUUCACUGACUAACAAAAUCUUUUAUCUCAUUAUAAUUUCCUCUCAUCUUUUGCAGUACUACUAAAUUUUUGUUAGGCCAUGCAGAAUUAGUCAAUUUUUAGAAAAUGUUGUCUGUCAAGAAGCUGCAAUUGCCUUCAUUUUUGUCUUCUAAUUUGGCUCUCUUGGUUUUCAUCCCUUUGGUUGUUGUUUCAGUUCUUGCUUGUACAUUAAUAGGCUCACAGAGUAGUUCUUUUGUGUCAUUUUCUUCUUGGAAAUGGAAGUCUGUUGGAAUCUUGAACUCUUAUUCUUUGAGGUCUUUGAGUAGUUAUGAAAAGCAAGAUGAGCAUUUACAAAUAGUUGGUCUAGCUGAGGCUUCAUCAUUCAUUUCUCCUUUCAACAACUCACUCCAUCAGAAUUUGGUAGCUGAAGAUUCAAAUAUUCCUCAUCAACCUCCCCAAGGAGGAGGAGAAGGGAUUGAGAAGGACGAAUCAAGUGAAGAAGAAAAAGAGAUCGAUAAGGAUAUAUCUAAUGAAGGAGAAGAACACGGUAAUGCAACUAAAGGGGUACUUAAAGUGUAUAGCAGGUUAGAAAGGCUUGAAGCAGUUUUGGCAAAAGCCAGGUCAUCUAUAAGAGAAGCUGCUAGAAAUGGGAGUAUGACAUCUAACCAUCUUGAUCCUGAUUAUGUUCCUCAAGGCCCCAUGUACCAUAAUGCCAAAGCCUUCCACAGGAGCUACCUUGAAAUGGAGAAGAAUUUCAAGGUAUAUGUGUAUAAGGAAGGAGAGCCUCCAAUAUUCCAUAAUGGUCCAUGUAGGAGUAUAUAUUCAACAGAGGGAAGGUUUAUACAUGAAAUGGAGAAGGGGAGCCUUUAUAGAACAAAAGAUCCAGAUAAGGCCUUAGUGUAUUUUCUGCCAUUUAGUGUUGUUGUGAUGGUUCGAUACCUGUAUGUCCCUGGUGCCCAUGAUAUGCAUGCCAUUGGUAGAACUGUUGCAGAUUAUAUUAAAGUCAUUUCUGAAAGACAUUCUUUUUGGAACAGAAGUCUUGGUGCUGAUCACUUCAUGCUUUCUUGCCAUGAUUGGGGGCCACGUUCGACUUCAUAUGUUCCACAUCUCUUCAACAACUCCAUAAGAGUUCUAUGCAAUGCCAAUACCUCAGAAGGUUUUAAUCCUCUAAAAGAUGUAUCCUUACCGGAAAUCAAUCUCAAGACGGGUGAUAUCAAAGGGCUAAUUGGAGGUCCUUCGCCAUCAAGAAGAUCGAUCCUCGCAUUUUUUGCUGGAGGUUUACAUGGUAACAUAAGGCACCAAUUGCUAGAACAAUGGAAAGGAAAAGAUGAAGAUAUGUUAGUUUAUGAAAAAGUUCCAAGAGACAAAAAAUCUUAUGAAUCCAUGUUGAAGAACAGCAGGUUUUGUUUGUGUCCAAGUGGAUAUGAAGUUGCAAGUCCAAGAAUUGUGGAAGCAAUAUAUGCUGAAUGUGUACCUGUCUUGAUAUCAGAUAAUUAUGUGCCACCAUUUAGUGAUGUCCUAAAUUGGAAUGCAUUUUCUGUGACUGUGGCAGUGAAGGACAUACCAAAUAUCAAGAAGAUAUUAAUGAGUAUUUCUCAAAGUCAGUAUUUGAGAAUGCAGAGGAGAGUGAAGCAAGUACAGAGGCAUUUUGUGAUCAAUGGAUCUCCUAAAAGAUUUGAUCUUUUCAACAUGAUUGUUCACUCAAUCUGGCUAAGAAGAUUGAAUAUAAGAGUUCAUUAAUAGGAGUUAACACACUUAUUUUAAACAAGUUAAAGAAGAGUAACCUUCAGCAGUUGAAUGGAAAUCCAAUUCAACUAAAUUUGGAUACUCCUAUGAACUGGUACUAGUAUAUCCAAAUGGAACUAACAUAUGAUGAUCCUUUUUUUGGUCAAAAGUUAUUUGAUUUUUUUCUGUUAAAUCUUGUAAACAGUUGCUUCCAGUUUUGAAUAAAUGUUACUUG